AUGGGUUCGAUCAGCGAAAACUCUACCGUAUUGCGUUUGCUAGACUGCUUACAUGCACGGGAUCCCGCCGCACUAUACUGCCUUCACCCAGCCUCCUCUGAAGUCUCCGACGGAUGGGUAGAAAUCACCAUCGCUGACGUGGUUGGCGCCACAAACCGCCUUGCUCUUUGGCUCCACGAAAAUGUGGCUUCGGCCGAUGAGCCGCAGGCUCUGGCAUAUAUGGGCGCAAAUGACAUUCGCUAUUGUGCGUUUGUCUUUGCGUGCAUGAGGCUUCGCCAUACGGCUGUUCUUGUCUCAUCAAGAAAUUCAGAACAAGCGUCCAGUCAUGUCAUCAAUGCCGUGAACUGCUCCAAGUUUGUUUACACGCCCGAACGGAGUCGGCAGGUUGACGAGAUAAAAGCGGCCAACCCAUCAUUGCAAGCAUGGCUCAUGCCAGAUCUUUGGGACAUACUCGACCGCCAAUCCACCGUUCCAGUGCCUAUCAUCAAGGAGCCUGCAGAAGACCCAGAAGACAGGGUGGCGGUUUACAUCCAUAGCUCUGGGACUACCGGCAUGCCAAAACCUGUCCCAAUGACAAAUGGCUAUUUUAUCGCCCUGCAGCAGAUUUUCGAGCUGCCAGCUCCAGAAAAUCGAGUUGGGAGCAACAUUGGCGCUGCGGGAAGAGGCAAACGCGUUCUCUCUGUCAGCCCGUUUUUCCACCUCAUGGGAAUUCUGAAUAUGAUGGUACCAAUUUUAGCGGCGACGCCCUUUGUGUUAACCCACGAAAAGCCGCUAACGGUUGAUCUUCUUGCCGAAGUCGUCAAGCAUGGACAACCCAAGACGGCUAAUUUAGCACCGUCCAUGCUUGAGGAGCUCAGUACAUCUGAGCUGGGCAUGGAAUGCUUGAAGACAUUUGACAUGCUUACCUUUGGCGGUGCCCCCAUGGCCCGCGAAGCUGGUGAUCGCAUUGCCAAGGUCGUCCAUCUCCAGUCGGUGCUUGGGUCUAGCGAAUGUGCUAUUUUUGGAGCCCUGAAGUAUCAAGAGAAAGACGAGUGGCCGUAUCUUGAAUUCAAUCCCUUUGCCGGGUAUGAGAUGCGCGACGUAGGAGAUGGAUACCACGAGCUUGUAGUGGUCCGCGGCGAAAAGGGUCGCAGCCUGCAUGCCGUGUUUCAUACCUAUCCGGACAGAGCAGAAUAUGAGACUGGGGAUCUAUUUACUCCUCAUACAGAAAAGGAAGGCCUCUGGCUCUAUGCCGGUCGGAGAGACGAUGUGAUUGUUUUGAGCAACGGUGAAAAGUUCAACCCAAUCAAUAUGGAGGAGAUUAUAUCUGGGCAUCCUCUUGUUGCUCGAACAGUCGUUGUCGGUCAAGGCCGCUUCCAAUCUGGUGUUCUGGUUGAACCCGAUUGGGAUUCAUGGAAUGGCGAGCCAAGUGCCUUGAUUGAUGAUAUCUGGCCGUUUGUGAAGAAAGCGAACGAAGCGGCUCCUGGGCACGCUCAGAUAAUGAAGGAUCGUGUCGGGGUCACCUCUCAAUCUAAGCCGUUUCAAUUGACGGCUAAAGGCACCAUCAAGCGACGAAUGAUUGUCAAUGAUUAUGCGGAUGAAAUUGAUGCACUGUACGCCGAGGCCGACCAGCUUGAUGUGGCCCAGAUCCCCAAGGAUGCCACUCGGCCAGACAUUUCUAGCUAUGUCGCAUCGGCGCUGUGUGAUAUUCUAGAAACUAAAGCCUUUGAUGAGAAUGCAGACAUCUUUGCAUCCGGUCUCGAUUCGCUCCAGACCCUGCGCUUGGGUCAAAUCUUGCAAGCUUCUUUGAAAUCUGCUCGUCCUGGCCUUGGGGCAGCAUUUGGCAGCGCGCAGCUAUAUUCUCUGCCGACUAUUGCUCAGCUGGCUGAAUAUAUCUACGGUAUCCUUCAAGGACAGGAUACAGCACCUGCUACCACGGUAGUUGAAAGUGACAACGAUCGAGAGACACGAAUUGCCGAUCUGGUUGGAAAAUACUCCGAGGGAUUCGGUCAAAAUCAUGCCGUUAUUCUCACUGGCUCAACCGGAUCUUUGGGCUCCUACUUGCUAUCCGAGCUGCUUCGCGACUUCAGUGUCACCAAAAUCUACUGUCUCAACCGGUCCGCAGAUGCUGCCCUGAGACAGCUUCAGAGUCUCCGUGAAAAGGGACUCACCACCCUCAGUCAAUUCCCGCGCCGUGUGGAAUUCCUCCAGGCUCAGUUUGGUGCUGAAAAGCUGGGGCUGGAUGACGCCAAGUAUGACGAGAUGUUACAGGAAGUUGACACAACCAUUCACAACGCGUGGAAAGUGAACUUCAACCAUCGAGUCGAAGCCUUUGAGAAUCCACACAUCGAGGGUGUACGCCGUCUAGUGGAGUUUAGCGUUGCCAGCGAAAAGACAGCACAUAUUCAUUUCAUCUCGUCCAUCUCCACUAUUGAAGGAUAUAAUAAGGGGCCGUCUAUUCCUGAAGUGAUCUUCGACGAUCCUAGUUCUGUGCUUCGUCAGGGCUAUGGAGAAUCAAAGCACGUCUCCGAGAGAAUCUGUGCUAUGGCAUCGGCCAAGUGUGGCGUUCCGACAAGCAUUCACCGCGUAGGCCAGAUUGGAGGCCCAACUACGGAGCUGGGAAUGUGGAAUAAGCAGGAGUGGGUGCCGUCGCUAGUUGCAUCCUCCAAGACGAUCAAACAGAUUCCAAACUCACUGGGUUCGGUGUCGGUGCAGUGGGUUCCAGUGGAUAUCUGCGCCAAAGUGAUCACCGACAUUGUUCGCACUCGACGCUCCACGCAAGAAGAUGAGCCAUGCGCGGCUUUCCACAUCGUCAACCCCAAGGUUGCAGAUUGGCAAUUGCUCAUCCCAGCUGUGACAAAGUACUUCGAUGUCGAGCCUGUUGAUAUUCAAACCUGGAUCGCAACACUAGAGAGUUUCAACAACCCGACUGAAGAUGAUCUGCGUGACAAGCCCGCGCUCAAGAUCUUGGACUUUUUUAAGGCGAUCGCGUACUCGAAUGAGGCGGGUCCAUCGACAGAGACGAUCAAGACAGAGGCCGCUAGUAAGACCUUGCGACGACUGCAAGCGAUCGAUGCCCCCUUGAUGGAGAGAUGGAUAAACCAGUGGAAGUUCUGA